AUGGCUCAAAGUGUCCAGUGUGAGGUGCAGCUGGUGGAGUCUGGGGAAGACCUGGUGAAGCCUGGGGGAUCCCUGAGACUCUCCUGUGCAGCCUCUGGAUUCACCUUCAGCAGCACCUACAUGAGCUGGGUCCACCAGGCUCCAGGGAAGGGGCUGCAGUGGGUCGCAUUUAUUAGCUAUGAUGGAGGUAGCACAGGCUAUGCAGACUCUGUGAAGGGCCGAUUCACCAUCUCCAGAGACAAUGACAAGAACACACUUUAUCUGCAGAUGAACAGCCUGAGAGCCGAGGACACGGCUGUGUAUUACUGUGCCAUUGACACAGUGAGGGGACGUCAGUGUGAGCCCAGACACAAACCUCCCUGUAGAAGGGGAUUCUGGACCACCAGGGGGCAGUCCCAGCUGCACUCACUGUGUAUCAGGAGAAUCCAGCUCAGUGUGCGAGCUUGCAAGAAGUGCACUCUGGAUAUGGGGCUACGGUGGCAUCAACAAUCCAAAGCCAGAGAAGAAAGAUCCCUGGUGGGGCUCACUGUCUUAAACCAUGUUCCCAACAAUGUUAGUGGCAGCGUGGGAAACAGAGAGACCAAAAGGUUCUACUGGAUCCAUGAGAAUCCUCAGGCUGAGGUGCUGGAUGGGAGGAGCCUUCCACCUGCGGGGAAUAAUGAAUUAUCUUUCAGUUGCUGGUAUCAGCUCAAUGUGUAUGACCUCGACCAUCACAGGUUGAAUCCUAAGGAUAUUGUGAUGGAUCGAAGAGGACCAGCCUUAGGGAGUCAUUUAGGACAGACAGUGCAGUCUCAUGACAGGAUUAGUGCCCUUAUACCACAGGACUGGGAAAGCUCCCUGCCCCCUGAUCCCAUGUGA